AUGCAGGGAGGCCUGCCUGCUGACGGCGUCACGCAGCCGGCCGAGUCUGCUGCUGACAACGCUGGCUCAGGGAUGCUGCUCGAUGCAUUGGGCUGCGGACUGCUGGGCCGGGUGCUGCGGCACCUGCUGCCAGCAGAUGGGGACGGUGAUGACAACUGCAGGUGCACCAUCCCGUGCACUCUGGCGCAACGCUGUCGCGCAACGAGGGGCGACAUCCGGGCUGCAAGGCUGGCGUGCCGCGCGCUUGACGAGGCGGCGCGCCAGGAGCUGGCAUCACGGCUAGUGCUCUCGCCACAAAACCUGGCCGCCGGCCGCCCUGACUGGUCGCGCUUCCCCGCCGUCACGGCCCUGGCGUUUGACGGCUGGUUUGUCACGCCUCCAAAGCCGCAGCAGGAAAAGCAGAAGCCGAAGCAAAAGAAAAAGCAAAAGCAGCAGCAGGAGCAGCAGCAACAGCGGCAAGAGUCAUCGAAUCCAUGGGACACAGUGGUGCAGCAGCAUCACCUGCUGGACGACACCAUCCUAAGCGCACGCAAGCGCCGCCGUGGGGUGGUGCGCGGCGCCAGCCCGCUCGAGCGCCUGUUGCAGCAGGUCACGCACCUCGAGGUUCAGGGCGGCCUGCACUGGAACUACCUGGAGGACAUCCUGGAGCGCCUGCCAAACCUGACUCACCUCGUCGCAGGCGGCGGCCGCUACCAUCAACACGCCAAAGACGACGCGUACGCCGCCACCCGCGCGAUUGGGGUCCUUGCCGUCUGGGAGCUGGACCACCGCCUGCAGAGUGUUGUCGCGCCCGGCAUGGUGAUCGACUACGAGACAUACGCUCACUUGUCGCGUCUGCCGUGCCUGUCCGAGCUCGUCGCCGACGGCAUCGACGAGCAGUGGGAGGAACCCAGCCUGGAGCUCACGUCGCUGACCCGGCUGUGGCUUUCUCAGACCGGGGGCAAAUCGAGGCUCAGCGUCAACCUCCCACAGGCCGAGGAGCUGACAAAGAUUGAUCUGACCCCCGCGACCGCCGACGAGCUAGCCCAUGCCGCGCCUCGGCUGCGGCGGCUCUCUUUCUUCGACAUCACGUCAGACCGGGGCGCGUGGCGGGUGCCAGUCACGCACGCCUUCCAUAACGUGACGCACCUGUUCAUCCAGGCAAACGAGGGCUUUGUCACGGCCCACUUCAAAUCCCGCUUCCCAGCCCUUGAGCACCUGGGGCUUGAGGUGAACAUGGACGUCUACAGCGACGACGAUGGCGAUGGCGAUGGCGAUGGCGAUGGCGAUGGCGGUGGCGACGCCCGGUUUGACGUCGCCUCCCUGCUGGCCGGCCUCACGGGCCUGCGGUCGCUGGCCCUGGAGCGCGUGGAACCGGGUUGGAUCACGGCGGCGGCGCGGGACGCAAUCGCGGCGAUGAUGCGGCUGGAGCGGCUCGGAGUUCCCGUCGACGUGGGCGACCCCGCUUCCCUUGCUUGGCUGGCACGCGCGACGACGGUGGUGAGCCUGACUCUCGCACCAUGGACAGCCACCUUGCGUGAUGACGACCAGCCCGUGGAGGUCUCCCUCGCGCUGGAGGCUGCCGCGCACCUCCCCCGGCUGGCGUCCCUGGUGCUGAUGGUGCCUCUGUUUACGUCGCCCGAGACGUACCCAGCCGUCUGGGACGUCGCGCCAUUCCUGCGGCUGGCGCUUCGACCGCGCCUCAGCGGCGGUGGCAGCGCUGCGCAUGCGGUGGUUCCUGAGAACCAGCGCCUACCCGUGACUGCUUAG